AUGUUUGGCGAUCAGUCUGGUGCCACGACAAGCAAAGAUGUUGCGGUCAAGUCACUGAAAAUUCCAUUCUCCGAUGAAGAUGAGAAGAGGAAGAACUGUCAAAGGCUGAUGGGUAAAAUAUCAUCUUGGGCGCAAUUACUUCAUGAAAACGUCUUGCCACUAUAUGGGGUUGCGGACGGUUUCGGGUACUUUCCGUCACUGGUGACGCCUUGGGUGAACCAGGGGACGUUGAAUGACUAUAUCGCUACUAAUCAUCAUUUGUCACCGCGGAGCAAGUUGGAUCUCGCCAAACAGGUGGUGGCUGGCCUCGGCUAUCUACACGCUCAUUCUGUUGUACACGGAGACAUAACUGGACUCAACAUCCUGGUGGAUGACCAGGGCAGAGUGCAACUAUCUGACUUCGGGGUCGUGUUGUUGCUCGCGGAAAUUCCGACGCCGGUACAACCAUCGGGAGGGAUUCGCUCAGCGGUGCGAUGGACUGAUCCUCAACUAUUCGAGACGGAGAAAAGCGAUAUCAAUCCAUGCAUCCCAACGGAGCAGACUGACAUCUAUUCAAUAGGCAGUAUCCUCCUGCAGCUGUUCACGGAAUCAAUCCCUUACUACGAUAUCAAGGAUAACAUUGCUGUUAUUGUAUUGUCUUCGAGAGGUAUAAAGCCUCGGUGUCCCCCAGAAACAUUUGUCACAAGUGCACAGUGGAAUCUUAUUCAACGAUGCUGGUUGCCUUGUGGUGGAUUACCUAAUCGUUCGACCAUCAGUGAAAUAGAAGAAUUUCUUGAGUCGGAGCUACAGCUGGCAGGUUCGCCUUAG